AUGUCAACUAACAUCAUCUUGAGCGAGAACGCGCCGAAAAGCCAGUCGAAUGACGGCGAAAUCUCUGGAGGACAAAAGUCUCCCACAAAUUCACUGGGAACAGCUAUCAGUGAAUCAUCUGGUGAAGAAGUGGAAAUCUUCAUCACUGAAGACGUUUCGUCCUCUAACGUCAAACGUGCGCCAAAAACCGCUUCGAGAAUCCCAAAGCCACGACAACUGAAGUCUACACAGCCUGAGAACAAGCCAAAACUCAAAGGUUCUCAAUACAACAAGUACUACACUGGAUUUGGCACUCAUUACAGGCAUCCAACUCACACAAGYGCGGGCAUCAGGAUAAAACCACUGGARUUUCUGCCMACAAUWWUAUCAGAAUCAGAAGGAUCUGAUUCCGACAGUGCCAGCAAAAAGAAAGCAAGAGCCAGUGAUGAUAACACAGCGGAUGAAUGCAGUUCAAUCGACCUUGAUGACUUAAUUGCUGAGAUAUUGGAGACUGAUUCAGAACCAUCGCACACUAAGUCUCGCCACUGCAAAAGCUGUACUGAUAAGGCCAACCAAAUCAAGAAACUUCAGCAAUCUGACAGUGAGCUAAAACAAAGAAUCCAAGAACUUGAAAAGACCAUUGAGGAGCAGAAACAAGCCAUUGAAGAGUCUGCAAAGAAGGCAAAAAGCCUAGAUGAGAAGCUCUACCUCCUUCAGCAUGACUACAAGUGCUUGGAAGUCUCAGUUAAGUGGGCUGAAUGUGAAGCCGAGAAAGCAAAGGAAGAAUCUCAGAGAUAUUCUCAAAUGGACGAGGAAUACACRCGCAAUGAGGAAAGACUCAAGAAUAAUAUCUCAGAACUCCUCAUGACCAACAGAGAAUUGAAAGAGAAGAAUUCUCUGGAAGAGUUCUCCUCGCAGCUCCAAGAGUUUCAUGAGAAAAUCCUGGCUACCAAGAGGCAGUUGAUGGAGGAUCUAAAUAAGAAGCCAAAGGAGCCAACCAUUGAACAGUGUGACGACGCCUCAAGCACCGAUGGCGAAGAGACCACCACAGAUGCUCAGUCCUUGCUUGAUGGAUUACAGUCUGCUUUUGAUGACCUCAAGGAAGAGAUCUCCCUGAGUAAAGCAAAACAUGUAAGUCCCAAAUCAUUUGGUAUUCAGUAACUAAGUAGUUGAUUGAUUUAUUGAUGGAUUGA